CAUCGGCUCGGGCGCCUCUCUGACGCACUAUUGGAGACGAGCAUCCUAGUCCCGCACGGCUGUUAUUAGGACCGAUCCUCUCUCCACCUCCCGGUCGUACCUCUGCAAUGUAGCUUUCAACUUUAACGCCAUUUACUUGCUUUUCAUGUUUUGUUUUUUUUUCAUCGUUUUUCAUAUCGGGGUCUGCGUUAAACUGUGAUGGCCAUAGUUGACGCUUCUUGGCUGGACAUUUACUUCGGUGGGAAUAACUAUACCAACAAGAGUGAUUGAUUUUUUUUUUGUGUUUUUCUUUUUGUUUUUUUAAAUCCUAACCUAGGUGGUUCUUUUCAUCACACAGAACAUCUUGUGAUAAGUAUUUUGAAAUGAAAGGUGAGCGGUGGCGCUGAAUUGGAAAGCUCCUUUUGACUGGAGGUCGAUUAAAUGACUGUAUAUAUCUCCACCUGCAGCCUUUCUCUCUGACGAUUUGGGAUAUUCUUACCGAGGUGCCGUUUUAGAGGAACAAAUCUUGCCUCGAGUCUGGCCACGGCCAGUUUGAAACAACGAACAUUUCUUGAAUCGGUGGGCGUCUGAGCAUCCUGGACGAGCCCGAAUUCACAAUGCCUAAUAUUCAGUGAGGACGCGGUGCGGGGAUUGAAUGUGCAGCAUGGCUCCAGCAGCCCGGAGGGACUGCAGCAGCAGCUUGGAGAUGUUCCUGCUCCUGUCGGCUCUGCUGCUGCUUCACCCUGCCCUGGCCAAGGUGUGCAACGACCGCACCAGGCACGGACAGGACAACAGCUGGUUCUCCAGAGACGGGGAAAACUUGCCCAUAAUGGUGCUUAUGCCUAUGAACGAGUCGGCCCUGAUGAGCAGCAUCAGCCAAGGGAUCGAGCCCGCGGUCCAGCUGGCCAUCCAGCACAUACGGGAGACGGGGAAGUACUCCUUCUCCCUCAUCACCAAAAUCUACGACACCGAGUGUGACAACGCCAAGGGGCUGAGGGCCUUCUUUGAUGCCAUAUGCUACGGCCCCAAACACCUGAUGAUCUUUGGCGGCGUCUGCCCGUCUGUGACAUCCAUCAUCGCGGAGUCUUUGGAGGGCUGGAAUCUGGUGCAGCUGUCAUUCGCAGCAACGACCCCAGUUCUAGCAGACAAGAAAAAGUACCCCAACUUCUUCCGCACUGUUCCAUCUGACAACGCUGUGAAUCCGGCAGUGGUGAAGUUUCUCAACUAUUACAACUGGACCCGUGUGGGGACCCUCACGCAGGACGUACAGAGGUUCUCAGAGGUGAGGAAUGAUCUGACUAAUGAGCUGGAAAAAGCAGACAUUCAGAUCGCCGACACAGAAAGUUUCUCCAACGAUCCCUGUGUCAAUGUCAAAAAGCUGAAGGACAAUGAUGUGAGAAUCAUCAUCGGUCAGUUUGAUGAGAACCUUGCAUCCAAAGUCUUCUGCUGCGCGUAUAACUUGAACAUGUUUGGCAGUAAAUACCAAUGGAUUAUUCCAGGCUGGUACCAAGGCAACUGGUGGGAACAGGCUAAUAGCACCAACUGCACCACCAAGAAGCUUCUCACAGCCAUGGAGGGAUACAUCAGCGUGGACUUUGAGCCGCUCAGUUCUCGGCCGAUCAAGGGCAUCUCUGGGAUGACCCCGAGGGAGUAUGAGAUGGAGUAUAGCAAAGAGCUUCAUCAGAAAGGAGUGGAGGCGAGCAAGUUUCACGGCUUUGCGUAUGAUGGCAUCUGGGUAAUUGCGAAAACCUUGACCCGAGUGAGGGAACUGCUCCAGAGUAAACAACGGCAGAACGUCUACCACAACUUCAGCGUGGAUGACCGUGAAAUAGGAAAAAUGAUGCUGGAUGUCAUGAACGAGACUAACUUCUAUGGCGUUACGGGUCAAGUCAUGUUUCGUAAUGGAGAGAGGAUGGGGACAAUAAAAUUCAACCAGUUUCAAGAAGGCCAGGAGGUGAAAGUGGGGGAAUACAACGCGAUUGCUGAUGUUCUGGACCUCGUCAAUAAUUCCAUCAGGUUCCAAGGUGUGGAGCCUCCCAAGGAUCGUACAUUUGUACGCCUACAGCGGCGCCACAUCAACGUGCCACUGUACAGCAUCCUGUCCACCAUCACCAUACUGGGCAUGCUCAUGGCGGGAGCCUUCUUAUUCUUCAACAUAAAGAACCGAAACCACAGACUAAUCAAGAUGUCCAGUCCCUACAUGAACAACCUGAUCAUCUUAGGGGGGAUGCUCUCGUAUGCUUCCAUCUUCCUCUUCGGUCUGGAUGGCGGGUUUGUCUCUGACAAGGAGUUUGAAACCUUGUGCACAGUCCGAACGUGGAUUCUCAUCGUUGGGUAUACGACAGCUUUUGGUGCCAUGUUUGCCAAGACCUGGAGAGUGCACGCCAUCUUCAAAAAUGUGAAGAUGAAGAAGAAGAUCAUAAAGGACCAGAAGCUGUUGAUUAUCGUUGGUGGGAUGCUGCUAAUCGACUUGUGCAUUCUCAUCUGCUGGCAGAUUGUGGACCCACUCAGGAGGACUGUGGAAGAAUACAGCUUGGAGGCGGACCCCCAAGGCCGAGACAUCGCCAUCCGGCCGUUCUUGGAGCACUGCGAGAACACCCACAUGACCAUUUGGCUGGGCAUCGUCUACGCCUACAAGGGGCUGCUCAUGCUGUUUGGCUGUUUCCUGGCCUGGGAGACCAGGAAUGUGAGCAUUCCUGCUCUCAAUGACAGCAAAUACAUCGGGAUGAGCGUCUACAACGUAGGCAUCAUGUGCAUCAUCGGCGCUGCGGUCUCUUUUCUGACCAGGGACCAACCGAAUGUCCAGUUUUGCAUCGUAGCUCUGGUGAUCAUCUUUUGUAGCACCAUCACGCUCUGCCUGGUCUUCGUUCCCAAGUUCAUCACCAUGAGAACAAACCCAGAUGCAGCCACCCAGAACCGGAGGUUAAAGUUCACCCAGAAUCAGAAGAAAGAGGACUCCAAGACCUCCACCUCUGUCACCAGCGUCAACCAGGCCAACACUUCCCGACUGGAUGGGCUUCAAACCGACAACCACCGCCUUCGGAUGAAGAUAACAGAGCUGGAUAAGGAGCUGGAGGAAGUGACCAUGCAGCUGCAGGACACCCCGGAGAAAACCCCCUUUAUUAAACCGAACCACUACCCUGACGCCAAUAACAUCCUCAGCAUACGCAACUUCACGGACAGCAAAGAUGGAGAGAAGUCGAUACUGAAGAACCACCUGGAGCAGAAGCCACAAGCGCAGUGGGGCUCCAUGGAUCCUUCCAGAAUAAACAGAGGUCCCUUGGAGGAUAUCAACUCACCUGAUCACAUACAGCGCCGACUGUCUUUGCAGCUGCCCAUCCUGCACCACGCGUAUUUACCGUCCAUAGGAGGGGUGGACGCCAGCUGCACCAGCCCCAACGGAAGCCCCGGUGCCAGCCCGAGGCACAGACACAUGCCCCCCUCCUACCGGGUAAUGGUCUCGGGCCUGUGAGUUGAAUUCACUCCCCUACCUGGCUCUUUGCAGAGGAGACACAAUGGUUCUUUUUUCUACAACAAAUAGACUGAUGUCGUCAGCGUGUGUGUGUAUUUUUUUCCUGGACGAAAUGAGGAAAGCGAGCGGGAGAACAAAGGGUUUGGGGUGGGGGACCAAGUUUCACUCUUCUUCACCUCGGCACUCCGGUCCUCUUGAAAACUGGCAUCAUCGAUCGUCAGAAUGGGGUGGAAGUAGACAGAGUGGGCAGCGGGGCGACCCAUACAGACUCCCGUGAGUAACGUCCCCUCGGCCUCUGCCACCCUGCCCGAGCAUAUACACAUAUGCACAAUGAGGCACUUAUAUAUACAAUUACACACAUGCACAAACACACUGACACCCCAAAGCGGCGGCAGACCAGCCCUUAUCUGACGUGUAGCCUUAUCUGCUUCAGAGGGGAUUGUCUGUUUCUGUUCCUUAUCUGUUACGUGUCGUUUGUGCCCGCGGCUACAAGAGCUUGUCAUCUAACUAAAGUAUUUCACUGCUUCAGUGAUUGGAUAUAGGUUCUGGGAUGUGGUGUUUUGUAAAACGCCACAAAAAGAAAUCAUCCAUUUCCCCAACCUUAUUUAGACAUGUAAAUAUCAUUUCUGACACUGAAGUACUGUAUAAGCUUUGUAAAUGCUGUGAAUGGACGAUUAAAUGGGUUCUAAGCAUGGAGCUCGUAAGACAAAGGCAAGUAGAAACAUUCAAAUGAAACCUUAUGAAACAUAGCAUCCUACAAAUUACACACGUGACAGGAAUGACGGCGAUAUUAACUCGUUUAUGUAACUGUUAAUAUAUUAGUUAACGGGCAUCAAAGAUGCAUCAAAGUUCUGUGAGUGACAGGACACGAAACUGCUCGGGGGCUCAUUCCUCUGACUUGGAGUAAAAUGCACAUGGAUCUUUUAUUCUGUUUUGUUAAAUUCCUACCGCCAGUUUUUGUCAGAGAUGAUUCCGCGUCAGACUUUGCGAAAGGCCUUCAUAAUUUUACAUCUCGACUCAUUUUUUCCUCAGAAAGCAUGUCUUACAGAAUAUUGAUGCUACGCCUUUUAACAGGUCUCCAAGGCUGCAUAUGUUAGAAAAAUAGAAAUAAAAUUAGAGCUAAAAAAGAUGUCACGAGAGUGUUUCACAGUUGUCCUUUUAUGUGUGUUACGUGACAAGAAAAACGCACACGUACAGACGUACCCCUGAAACGAGAGAGAGAGCACCUCGUGACUACAGUUGCUUUCAGCAACAGAUGCAGGCCAGGUCACGCUGAAACCCACACACUGGUCUCCAUAGACUGUUAAGAUGUCCAUCUGGUCUCGCCCUCGCAGAUAAUCAGCACUGUUAAGGGGUGUCAAAGGCAAAAAAGGCACAAGACUUUGAAUUCAUGAAACAACUUUGUCAGGAGGGAUCAAAUAAAUAAAUGCUGGUGGAAAGGAUGUAGGUCCACCAGUCCCACAGUUUGAAUGGAUUUAGACGGUGGACCUGAAUUUCCACGCGGAGCAGGACAAGCGUAGGAAGUCUCGGAGGAACUGACUGUAGCCUCAGUUCCAAGACGCCGCCGCUGACCGACCAGUGAUGCAGCGCAGACACAGGGCUUUCUGUCACAGGUGAUACUGAGUUGUUAUGAAAAAAAUCACUACACACCUAGCAACAGUCAAAAUACCUCAGUUGCUAUCAAAAUGUAAUUCAGUGCCGCUGAGCUCGGCCCAAGAGGACUGCGAUGAGCACAAUGGUCAUCAAGAGUGUUGUUGUCGUUUUAAUUUUGUCAAUCUUUUCCUCAUGCUGGAGAAAAGCAAACAGGGACUCCGUGGAGGAAAAAGAAAAGACUUUAUCGAGCGUGAAAGGGGUUGUGUUCUCAGCAUAUUGUUUCACCAUCGGUGUCUUGGUUUUUAGUUUUAAAAGCGUUCGAGCGCUGUGCCUGUCGUCUUUAUAUUGUAGCCUGCAGGACCCAUACUACAUACAUGGUCUUAACUGUGCUCACCCAGCAAACAUUGGCCCGCACAUUUGUAAAUUUGCAGAUGUCAUAGAUUUAACUUAAAUUCCCGCGUCUCGGUAAACGGGACGGUUCCGGGAGUACACGGCGAAAAAAGCUCCACUUCAGCUGGACGAAAUUGCUUCUGCAAGCUGGCGUCUGAGCAUCAACACUGUCAGUCAGUCUUACUUUGGAGGAGGGGGGUGGGGGGGACACACAACAAAACAACGUCAGCGGAGGAUUCAAAGCUGGAGCGGCGAGACGAGCAAGCACAGAUCCACUUGCUGUUUGGACAUAUCAGGGUGAACUCCCGGCGAGCGCUCCUCCCCUUCCAGCCCCUGAUGCACACGGGAGCAGGGAAACCCUGAGCACAGACCAAGGAGUCACGGCUUCUCCUUUGCCAACUGGGGGGGGGAAUCACAGUCACAGUUCAUGUGAGGGAGAGACUUUGUGAGAGCGUUGGUUCUUCCUUCAGGAGAAACAGAAACCAACUGCACCUUUUUAUAUAUUACGUUAUAUGUGAUUGUGUACAAUUUGCUGAUACCCUGAUGAUGGUGUCCAUGUUUGGAAGAAAAAAACAUUUAAAAAAAUUAAAAAAAAAAUUGGUAUUUGGCUCUCAAAAGCGCAUGAAAUAAAAUCUAUAAUUCUCAGAGUUACCUCUGCUUUUGCUAAGUCCACUCCCAUCAUCCCCAUCCUCUCAACUUCAAUUUGGUUUCACCUAUACUUUUGUUAUGAAUCAGCAAUUUGGGGUUUUUUCAGACCCCUCUGUAAGUUCACAUGUCAACGCCAAGAGGACAAAGAGUCAAGAUUAUUUUAUUGUGCUACUGGCUUAGCAGCUGUUCACUGAGGGCAAUAAGGCGAAGGUAGCAGCAAGAGCUCCAACUCAAUGAACCUCUCUGUUAUUUAACCAGUUUCAAAAUGAUUUUACUAAUCCAGCCCAAAAUACCUAAUUCAGAUACAUACUUUAUUCCAAAAAAAGGAAAAUAAAAAUAUGUGCCCUCCAUUUUUAUUCUGACGAGAUUCAUUGCAACCUUUGCAAUGAAAGGAAAAAAGAAAAUGUUGAAAUGCAAUUGCGGUGGGUUAAGGGCUCAUGAUUUCCUGUAAUAAACAUCGAUACGAUGACGGCUCGUAUUUGCCAGAGGUGUUUUUACCUUUGUAAGUUGGACGAUCAAAGUGACAUAUUUAAUUACACCUUUGUACGUGUCAUUGUCGGGGUCUCUGGAGAACACAACACAUCCAUGUGCAGAAAUAUAACCAUGCGACAAAUAUAUUUAGUGGAGGAACACAAAAGGUCCAUACUGUUACUGUUUUGUCGGUUUGAUGUGUGGUAUCACAUGGCAUUAAGUUCAACUUAAAUGGUAAACAAAUCUGUAUUGAAUGCAACAUGUUCAAGAGGGGCAAUAACUUGUUUUCUUAUUACAGAAAGAAUAGAGAAAUAUAUAUAUAUAUAUAUAAAUAUAUGUAUAUGUAAAGAUCUUUACGUACGUUCUCAUUUUUACAUAGGAAAUAUUUCACAAAUAUGCCACAAGGGGUCUUGGAAGUCUUUUUUAUUUUAUUUACAGUAUCUGUAACUAUGUCAUGUACAGAUGAGAUCUAGAUAUGAAGAAGUUGUAUAAAAUAAGUAUCACACUCGGAGAACACCUGAACAUUUUUGAGCCAUUCGUUGUUAUUGGGGGGAGGCGGGGCAGCGGGGGUGAGUUUGAAAAACGUUCUUCUUUUGUUGUCUGAAUGUUAUGGACAGCCUUUACUUUUCAC